AUGAGUUCCUUGAUAUCAAGAGAGGAGGUGAACACAACGCUGGGGCGUCCAGCUCACUUCUUCCUCCUGGGGAUCACUGGCAUCCCCCACAUCAAGUACUACUACGCCUUCCUGUUCUGCGUUUACAUGGUGUCUGUGCUGGGCAACACGUUUGUAAUGGCCGUCAUACUUGCGGACCGCGGUCUCCACACCCCCAAGUACCUCGCUGUUUUCAACCUGGCUAUCACUGACAUUUGUGGGAGUACCACCCUUGUCUGUCCCAUUCUGAACCACUUCCUGUUUGGCAGUCAGUUUGUGUCCUACAAUGAGUGUUUAACCAGUUGUUUCUUUGUGUUCCUGUUUCUCAGCAUGCAAUCAUUCAACCUCACCACCCUCGCCUAUGACAGGCUUGUGGCCAUUUGCUACCCGCUGAGGUACCACAUGAUAGUCAGUCACAAAGCCAUGCUGCAGAUCAUCAGUGGAGAGUGGGUCAUGUCUUCCAUGUUGAUUAUGAUCAUGCUGGUCUUCCUGACCAGACUCUCCUACUGCAGGUCAAGGGAGAUCCAGGGUUACUUCUGUGACCAUGGGCCUCUGUUCCGACUGGCCUGCAAUGACAACCUCCCAAGUAGGCUCAUGGGGAGACUAAACCCUGUGUUCAUGAUAUGGUUACCUAUAAUCUUCAUCAUCGUGACCUAUGCCUUCAUCACCUCGACCCUGUUACGAAUCUCAGCCCAGAAGCGUGUCAAAGCCAUGAGGACGUGCACCUCACAUCUCAUACUGGUGGGCUUGUUCUAUUUGCCCUGUGGGGCAACGUUCGCUUUAGGAGCCAUCCCUACUGAUAUUCGGAUCAUUAACCUCUCUCUGGCCUCCACUCUGAGCCCCACAUUGAACCCCAUUAUAUACGUGCUGAAGACUGACGAGUUCAAGGUAUCUGCUAAGAGGAUGGUGAAAGCAGCCAAAGGAGCCAUUUUUCCAUCAAAGGGUUAA